AUGACGCAGCUUGGAUAUACUGCCAUUCUGAUAUUAUGGGCGUGCUCCACUGCAUUAGCUAUUUCAUGUGGUAACAUAGAAAAUGGGAGGGUAAAGCCAAGUUUCUUCUUCCAGAGAAGAAAAAGAACAUUUGAAUGUAAUGCCGGGUAUAUAGCAGAAAAUGACAACAACAGAAUUGAGUGUACUUCUUCAGGAUGGGCUCCUGUACCCAGAUGCAUUCCAAUACAAUGUGGAAGGAUAGAAAAUGGGAAAAUAGUGGACAAAGUUGAAGAAAAAACCACCUUUCGAUGUGAUCAUGGAUAUAAAUCUGAAAAUGGAAUUAAUGAAACUACCUGUACCGCUGAAGGCUGGUCUCCAGUACCUAUAUGUAUUGUUCAAGAGUGUUCGCAUCCACCUGACAUCGAUUUGGCAGAAAUUGUCAGCGGAGAGAAAGCAGAAUAUCAGGAGGGUGAUGUUGUUCAGUACAGGUGCUACCCAGGAUAUACUCUGGCAGGAUCUGAAAGGAUAACAUGCAAUGGAGAAAAAUGGACACCUCCACCAAAGUGCUUCGCUCCAUGUAUUAUCACAAGGCAACAAUUAGAAACAAAAAAAUUGCUUCUGUCUAAUGGCCGAAGACGUACAGUAUUGAUUCAAAGUGACCAAACAAUGGAAUUUCUUUGUGGUGAACAUUCGGACCUUAAAAUCCCCUACUUCAUCAAGUGUGUAGAUGGGCAUAUGGAUUUACCAACUUGUGUAUCUGGAACUGGGGAAAAGUGUGGCCGGCCACCUACUAUUGAGAACGGAGACAUAACUACUUUAUCCCUAAAAGAGUACGCGUUUGGAUCUUCGGUAGAAUACAGAUGCCAGCAUUAUUACAUAAUAGAAGGAGACCGGAAAUCAUACUGUUACAAUGGAAUCUGGACAAAAGUACCAGUUUGUUUGGAGCCAUGUGUUAUCACGCAAGAAGAUAUGAGAUCACGCAACAUAGCUCUAAAGGGGGAGUCAGCUCAAAAACGCUAUGUGUCACAUGGAGAUUUUGUAGAGUUUAAGUGUAGAUCCAGUUGGUUUCAAAACUCUGCAAAUAAUUAUAGAGUGCAGUGCAAUGCGGGCCAAAUACCUUAUCCCCAAUGCACUUAG